AGUUACCAUUCACCUGGAUCAAACACCAUGGCAGAGGAAAAUUACGAGGAAGCCGUACGUGCUGCUGAAUUAAGGAAGAGAAGAACCUUCCGCACCUUUGCCUAUCGUGGCGUUGAACUCGAGAAGCUCUUGGACCUUUCCGCUGAGGAAUUGGUGGAAUUGUUCCCUGCUCGUCUUCGCCGCCGCAUGCUCCGUGGUCUUGGAGCCGGUGCUUCUCGCUUCAUCAAGAAGCUUCGUAAGGCUAAGGCUGAGGCUCCUGUCAACGAGAAGCCUGCCGUUGUCAAGACCCACUUGCGUAGCAUGAUCAUCCUUCCUGAGAUGGUAGGCUCUCUUGUUGGUAUCUACAACGGUAAGCUUUUCAACCAAGUUGAAAUCCGUCCUGAAAUGAUCGGUCAUUAUUUGGGUGAAUUCUCCAUCUCCUACAAGCCUACCAGACACGGUCGCCCUGGUAUUGGUGCUACUCACAGCUCUCGCUUCAUCCCCUUGAAGUAGAUUUGUUUGAAAUAUAUAUUUCUCUAAUGGCAAUAUUUGAUUUCAUGUUAAGCAUUGUAACUUAAGUUCGAUAUAUAUUUACGCGGUCACGAUGUACUCGUAACAGUCCGAAAAACGGCCGUAGAAUGCUACUCCUUUGUAUGUAAAUUUUGGAUGCCAACUCUUCUAAAA